CCGUAGUAGCAAGGAAGCGUUCCGUCCUGCUUCCGGGGUGCUCCGGAAAGGCCUCUGCGGCUCGGCCCUUCGCUGCUCCUCCUGGUGCCGCCGCCGCCGCCGCUGCCCCCCCCUCCAGGACCGCGGCCGGGGGAGAGGACGGGCACUCCGGCCUUCCCAAGGGACCCUACGCCCCGAGGGUCCCUUCCCAGGAGGAGCGCUGCCCGGAGGACGAGGACGCGGCCGGCCAUGGGGCCCGUCUGACCGGCCGCGCAUGGUGGGCGACGGGAGCGGCGGGACGACGAGGAGCGUCGGAGCCCCCCCGGGCCCCAAGGGGGCCGGCCCGCAUGCCCGUGCCCGCUGCGGAGCCACGGAGGGGGGGGAGCGGGAGGAGCCCCGGCCUGCCCCGGCCCCUCCGGGGGAGGCCGACGGGGCGCGGUGGCGGUCCCCGCAGGAGCAGGCGGCCAUGGAGAGCCUGGCCGGCUAUGUCUACAAGGCCGCCAGCGAGGGCCGGGUGCUGACCCUGGCCGCUCUGCUGCUCAACCGCUCCGAGGGCGACGUCCGCUACCUGCUCGGCCAUGUCACGCACCAGGGCGGGCAGCGAUCCACGCCGCUCAUCAUAGCCGCGCGCAACGGGCACGCCAAGGUGGUGCGCCUGUUGCUGGAGCACUACCGGGUGCAGACACAGCAGACCGGCACCGUCCGCUUCGACGGCUACGUCAUCGAUGGAGCCACGGCAUUGUGGUGUGCAGCCGGGGCAGGCCACUUCGAAGUUGUCAAACUUCUGGUAAGCCAUGGAGCUAAUGUUAACCACACUACCGUAACCAAUUCCACCCCUCUGCGGGCUGCCUGCUUUGACGGCAGGCUGGACAUCGUCAAGUACCUUGUGGAGAACAAUGCCAACAUCAGCAUCGCUAACAAGUAUGACAACACUUGCCUUAUGAUUGCUGCUUACAAGGGCCAUGUCGACGUGGUACGCUUUCUUCUAGAGCAGCAUGCGGAUCCCAAUGCCAAAGCACACUGUGGCGCUACAGCAUUGCACUUUGCAGCUGAGGCGGGUCACUUGGAGAUUGUCCGAGAGCUGGUGAAGUGGAAAUCUGCCAUGAUGGUGAAUGGCCAUGGAAUGACGCCGCUCAAGGUAGCUGCAGAGAGCUGUAAAGCUGAUGUUGUGGAGCUGCUGUUGGCACAUGCGGACUGUGACCGCAAGAGCAGGAUUGAAGCUUUGGAACUCCUGGGUGCCUCUUUUGCAAACGACCGGGAAAAUUACGAUAUCAUGAAAACCUAUCAUUAUUUAUAUUUAGCCAUGCUCGAGCGAUACAGAGAUAGCGAGAACCUUCUAGAGAAGGACAUCCUGCCUCAGAUAGAAGCCUAUGGCAACCGGACAGAAUGCCGGACUCCUCAAGAGCUGGAAUCCAUUCGCCAGGACCGAGAUGCUUUGCACAUGGAGGGCCUCAUCGUCCGUGAGCGGAUCCUGGGUUCUGAUAAUAUUGAUGUAUCACAUCCAAUUAUUUACCGUGGUGCUGUUUAUGCCGAUAACAUGCAGUUUGAACAGUGCAUUAAGCUCUGGCUCCAUGCUUUGCAUUUACGACAGAGGGGCAGUAGGAAUACCCACAAGGACCUUCUCCGAUUCGCUCAAGUUUUCUCUCAGAUGAUACACUUGAAUGAGCCUGUGAAAGCCAAGGACAUUGAGAGCGUCUUGAGAUGUAGCGUCCUGGAGAUAGAGCAAGGGAUGGCCAGGGUCAAAAGUUCUCCAGAAGCUGAGCUUCACACAGCCAUGGACAACUAUGAAUGCAACAUCUUUACCUUCUUGUACUUGGUGUGCAUCUCAACCAAAACCCAGUGUAGGGAUGAGGAACAAUCACGAAUUAAUAAACAGAUUUAUAACUUAAUCCACCUGGAUCCCAGGACACGGGAUAGGUCUAGUUUGCUGCACCACGCUGUUAACUCUGGCACACCAGUCGAUGACUUCCACACCAACGAUGUCUGCAGCUUCCCUAAUGCCCUGGUCACCAAACUUCUUCUGGACUGUGGCGCUGAUGUCAAUUCUGUGGACAACGAAGGGAACACUCCAUUACAUGUCAUAGUGCAGUACAACAGGCCCAUUAGUGACUUUUUGACCUUGCAUUCGAUCAUCAUUAGCUUGGUUGAGGCUGGUGCUCACACAGAUAUGACAAACAAACAGAAAAAAACUCCUCUUGACAAAAGUACAACGGGGGUGUCUGAAAUCCUCUUGAAGACUCAGAUGAAACUGAGCCUGAAGUGCCUGGCUGCUCGAGCUGUGCGGGUUUAUCAUAUCCGUUAUCACAAUCAGAUUCCCAAGACUUUGGAAGAAUUUGUAGAAUUCCACUAGGCCACAUCGACAUGGUGAUAAUUUCACUUUCCCUCCAUGAAGGGUCAAAUAAAAUGUCAGGCAGAGAGUCUGAAUUUCCUUUCUUUUUCCGUUUUUUCAGGAGCGAAGACACCAGUCAGUCUUUGAUGUUUUGCUUUGAUUUCCAAAUAUAUCAUCCGGUGGCAGGAUAAAUGGGGUCUUUUUCCCUUAGAGGAGAACAAAAGAAACUCUAAAUUAGAAUAAGGGUAAAAUAUUUUGAUACAGCACUCCGAUGCACACGGGUUUUACCAUUGACAGCCAAGAAUGCUUUAAGCACUAUCUGCCAAGUGUUUUGCAUUUGAUAGAUCGAGCCAGUACGUACCUAUGCAGCAGUCUGGGGAGUCAUCCAUUGCGGGGGGGAGGUGGGGGUGAGAAUUAUUGCUGGGAUUUUAUUGACACAUAUAACACAAUCCAGGGAAAUGUAUUCUUCACCAGCCUGGUUUUUUAACGUUUUUCCAUUCCCACCGAUAUCAGUAACUUUUGUUUCUAAUUUCUGCUUGCAAUGAAAUGAAAAUAACUGAUUAUUUCCCAUCAGACAGAAAUUCAGACAAGAGAAUGGGAUUGUUAAUAGUAUAUUUUUCACUGAUUCUUAGAAAAAAAAAUAAUACAACUCUUCCAACUCAAUUCUUUAUGCAGAAGUAUUUUUUCAGUUGAGUGACAUGCAAAAAUGCUGUUGGUAUUUAUGUGUGUAUGGGUAAGCAUGGUGGUUUUGGAUAGACCCCCCUCAUCUAGAAUUUUAUCUGAAUUGCGUUUUCCUACUAUCUUCCAACUAGCUGGCAAGCACGGAUUUUUUCAAAAGAUGAGCUCAUAUUUUUUUAGAAAUAAUAUUUGAAAACUGUAUUAGGAAGGAUCAGCGAAGAAUAAAUGACGUUGUCCUGCUCUGAAAAUAAUGUUGUGUUUUCAGUCUAUUGAUCAUGGCUCCCUCUCCCCCAAAAAAUGCCUUCCUCCCAAAGCCAUCUAAUUAAUUUUUCGUAGUAACUCGAUUGUGUGAAAAACGUUUGACCUGGGAAAGCAUCUUUGGCAAAAAUGUCAGCAGCCUAGGGCUAGAUUUUUGACAGGUCUUUGGAAGCACUUGCCAUUAUUUUAAAUGUCACUUUGUCAAAAUGUGGAAGAACGGUCUGUCAUUUUUUUAAAAGUGUCAGUUCUAUUCGAAAAGACAUUCUGGGCACAGGUGUAUGUCUUUGUACUACAAAUAAAAUCUUGAAUGU